AUGACACAAACGGCCCUUUCCCAGCAUCGAUCAUAUCAUUCCUUUUUAUUUAUCUGUUUAUUAUUUACCUUUUGUCUAUCUAUCUAUCUAUCUAUCUAUCUAUCUAUCUAUCUAUCUCUCUCUCUCUCUAUAUAUAUAUAUAUAGCAAACAAGCUACCUUGGGAUCUCUUUUUAUAUCUAUAUCUACCCAUUUACUUAUCUAUCUCUUUAUAUCUAUGUCUACCUAUUUAUAUGUACUUAUAUCCCUUUUUGUAUCUAUCUCUAUCUAUUUUUAUCCUUUUAAUAUUCUGCUCAUUGUUUCAUGCCUGUAAUCUCUCUCUCCUUCUCUCUCUCCCUCUUUCUCCUUCUCUCUCUCCCUCUUUCUCCCUCUCUCUCUCUUUCUCUCCCUCUCUCUCUCUUUCUCCUCCUCUCUCUCCUUCUCUCUCUCUCCCUCUUUCUUUCUCUCUUUCUCUCUCCCUCUCUCUUUCUCUCUCUCUUUCUCUCUCUCCUUCUCACCCUUUCUCUCUUUCCUUCUCUCCCUUCCUCUCUCUCCUUCUCUCCCCUAUCCCUCUCUCUCUUUCUCUCUCCCUCUCUAUCUUUCUCUCUCCCUCUCUCUCCAUUUCUCUCUCUCCCUCUUUCUCUCUAUCUCCUUCUCCCUCUUUCUCUUUCUCUCUACCACUCUCCCUCUCUCUCCCUUUCCCUCUCCCUCUUUCUCCCUCUCUCUCUAUCUCCCUCUCUCUCUCCCCCUCUCUCUCCCUCUCUCUCUCUCCUUCUCUCUCUUUCUCCUCCUCUCUCUCUCCUUCUCUCUCUCCCUCUUUCUCCCUCUUUCUCUCUCCCUCUCUCUUUCUCUCUCUUUCUUUCUCUCCUUCUCUCUCUUUCUCCCUCUCUUUCUCUCUCCCUCUUUCUUUCUCUCUCUCCUUCUCUCUCUCCUUAUCUUCCCCUCCCUCUCUAUUUCUCUCUCUCCCUCUCUAUCUUUCUCUCUCCCUCUUUCUCUCUAUCUCCUUCUCUCUCUUUCUCUCCCCCUCUCUCCCCCUCUCCCUCUCUAUCUUUCUCUCCCUUUCUCUCUCCCUCUCUCACCCCUCUCUCUCUCUGAUAUUCUAUUCUAUUUCUUUUCCAUGUCUUUCUGUUUAUAUUCACCUUUUCACUUGGUUUUCUUUUCUUUUUCGAAUCUUAUUUACCUUUCUUUCUUCUUACAUUUUUUUCUCCCUCUCUUUUCUCUCGCAUUUCCCAGUUGCUUCCUGUUUGCUCUUAUUAUGCAAUUUUUUCACAAAGUUUAACUGA